AUGGGGGCUGCAAUUGUUUUGUUCCUCGUGAUCAUAUUCAUGGCAAUGGUGUCUUUAAUUCUGCCAUCAAAAUUUGCUGUUGCAGUUGCUGCUGCACACUACAUCCACUCGUUGCCUCUACAGGCAAGGCCGACACUGCCGGAAGAGAUGCAUUACAGAUUCAAGUUAUCACCACCGCCGUCAUACCAAUGGCGGCCAUACCCCUUCAUCCAUAAAUCCCCCUCACCUCCUUAUGCGUCGCCGCCUCCGUCGCCUCCACCGCCACCGCUGGCAAAGAUGCAAUACAGAUUCAAGUCACCGCCACCGCCACCUCCGGAAUCACCACCCCCAUAUCAAUGGCCAAAGAGGUUCAUCCAUAAAUCGCCCCCGCCCCCUUUCUAA